UGAUUUGGGAAAAUCAGCAAGCCUUAGUUUUGGGAUAUUUAGAGGGUGCCCUUGCCCCUCCCUUCCAGCGCCGUUGCCCCCAAAACUUUCUUUCCGCCAAAAUUUCGCGCUUCUUGCACUUUUCUUCACUGAUCUUCAGCGGUCGCAAUCUGGCUUUAGACACCUAGGUCGACCACCAACCCGGCAACAUAACACAGAAAGGAUAGUUUGUUCUAAAUUAUUAGAUCACCAAUCCACAGGUGACUUUUAUACGCAAAGCAUAGCAUACCCAGCCAACGCGUCAAAGUACAACACUACCUAUCUAGCUACCUAGGCCCUCAGCACCCAAAGCAUCAAGCACCCAAGCACCAAGCACCAAGCACCAAGCACCCAAGCACCAACAACCACCCAAAGUACAACCACCACUAAAUCACCACAAUGCCUCGCCCCAAAAAGACAGACCCUCCCCGACAGCCCGCCCCUGUGGCACCCGCACCAGCCAUGGUUCCUAUGGCCAUGCAACCUGUCCAAGCUCAGAUGGCGCCUCAACCUAUUCAACAACAACCUCUAGCUGCCGGACCUGCAAUCCAACCUCCUAGAACGAUUGGUAUUGAAGAGUUUAUCCGAGUUCGUGAUAGCGUCCAUGCCAGAUUCAACACCAUAACAGGGUUAAUGAAGAGUUUCUCGGAUGACUUCCUACGACAAACUAAUCUCCUAAUCGGAGAACCUGCUCCUUUUGACAAUGGUGCAAGCCACUCUAUGCAAAAUCUCAUCGCCAACCUAGAUGGCAUCAGUGGUCAACUCGGUGACUUCGGCCACGUUGAAGAGAAGAAGGAACGCAAGAAGAGAACUCAUGACCCUAACGCUCCCAAGCGACCCCUGACCCCAUAUUUCUUGUAUAUGCAAACUGCUCGCCCCAUUAUUGCCAACGAUCUUGGUCAGGAUGCCCCGAAAGGCGCUGUACAGGAGGAAGGUCAGCGUCGCUGGGCAUCUAUGACCCCCGCCGAAAAGAAUGCUUGGAACAAUGCUUAUCAGUUCAACCUCCGCCUAUACAAUGCGCGAGUACACUCGUACAAGGCUGGCAAUCUUGACGCUCGAAAUAUGACCGAUCCUGAUGCUCUUAACUACGCUGACGCAAAUGGAAUCCCCCAACCCGUUCUCUCUGGAGAAGAGGCAUAUGCUCCUAAUGAUCAGGAUGCCAUCGCCGAGCAGCUACAAAUGGCCGUGGCACCUGCACCUGAGCCUGAAACUCAAACGCCGAAGGCUAAAGUAACUCGAAAGCGAAAGAGUACCGUAGCUGCCGAAGUCGAGGAUGUCGAGGCGAGCGCUGCUAAGACCGCGACGCCUGCUAGCCCUGACAAAAAGCGUAAGAGAGCCUCCAAGGUAGCCGAGACUCCCGAGGAACCUAAGAAGUCCAGUCGGAAGAAGAAGGCUGCAUAAUUCUACCAAUGCGGAUUGCGCUAAAUUCGAGUGCGUUCAUCACUUCAUAUUCUCUUCGUUUAGAGAUAUACGUGAACUACAUCAAACCCGAUCCAUUUACGUACAAGUGUGGCAAUGUUCGUUUCACUUGAUAACUACCGAGGGGAAAAGUCCGAGGACGGAAUAUAUGUCGAUGGAAAGAUACCUUACCUACGGAUGAGGACUAAAGUAGCACGGGGUUAUUCAGACUCUUCUGAUGUUGUAUUAUGAAUUACGAGAAUCCUACGGGAACCCGUGGAUGGGGUGGUAGGGCCUAGGGACGGCGGAUCGAGGGAAGGAGUUUUAUUCUAAGGGCUCGAAGUGUUGACUAUUUGUAUUUACAUGGCUUUUCGCAGAGCAGUGUAUUGACCGUACCUAUUUUUUACUCACGUUUUUGUAUUCAGGGGACCAACGUCUCCCGUCAUGGUGAAUCGGGACCAAAGCAUGCAAGUACGUAUCUCGCAGCCUUUGAGCUUUAAGAUGCUGUAUCUUUAGUCGAGUAUUAUUGUAAUGUGUUGAUUCUAAAAAGCAGAAUAAUAAGCUGCCUACAUCUAGC